AUGGCAAGAACCAAGAACACUGCACGUAAAACAACUGGAGGUAAAGUUCCAAGAAGAAUGAUCUCACAAAAGACUGGGCCAAUGGAGCACCUUAAGAAUGCCAAUCUAAAUAUCAGUGGAGGUAUAAAGAAAACACAUAGAUAUAAACCAGGAACAGUUGCACUUAGAGAGAUCAGAAAGUACCAAAAGACAAGUGAAUUGUUGAUUCGUAAACUACCAUUCCAACGUUUGGUGAGAGAGAUUGCUCAAGAAUUCAAAACUGAUUUGAGAUUCCAAUCAUCUGCAAUUGCUGCAUUACAAGAAGCAUCUGAAGCAUAUCUUGUUGGUUUAUUUGAAGAUAUAUUAGAUUAA